GGUACCCAAGCCUUCUCCUCUCCUCUCCUCUCCUCUCCACCUCCUCCUCCUCCUCCUCCACCACACAACCACCGCAAAAACAACAAUAAAAUAAUGCGGCUCCUCCUUCUCCUCCUCCUCCUCCACCUCCACCUCCGCCACUUUCUCUCCUCACCCACACCCACACGCCCAAUGUCCACCUACCGGGCCCUCCUCUCCCUCAAGGCCUCCAUCACCGACGACCCCGACUCCCGCCUCUCCUCCUGGACCCCCAACACCAGCCACUGCACCUGGGCAGGCGUCACGUGCGACUCCCGCCGUCACGUGACCUCCCUCGACCUUUCCGGCUUGAAUCUCUCCGGCUAUCUCUCCCCCGAUAUCGCCCACCUUGUCUACCUCUCUAACCUUACUCUCGCCGACAACACGUUCUCGGGUCCUAUCCCGCCCGAGAUCUCGGCCCUCUCGGGGCUCCGACUCCUCAACCUCUCCAACAACGUCUUCAACCGCACGUUCCCGCCGGAGCUCUCCAACCUCACAAACCUCCGCGUGCUCGACCUCUACAACAACAACUUGACCGGAGAAUUGCCGGUGUCAGUGACCCAGAUGACCAACCUCAGGCACUUGCAUUUGGGUGGCAACUUUUUCGAGGGUUCGAUCCCGCCGGAGUACGGCCGGUUCCCUUUUCUCGAGUACUUGGCCGUCUCCGGGAACUCGAUCACCGGCAAAAUCCCCAAGGAGAUUGGAAACCUGACGAGGCUCAAGGAGCUUUACAUUGGCUACUACAACAGCUACGACGGCGGCAUACCGGCCGAGAUCGGGAACUUGACAGACCUCGUCCGGUUCGACGCCGCCAACUGCAAUUUAUCCGGCGAGAUUCCGCCGGAACUGGGUCGGUUGCAAAAUGUGGACACUCUGUUUCUCCAGGUGAAUGCGCUUUCGGGGUCAUUGACGUCUGAGCUGGGCUACCUCAAAAGCUUGAAAUCCAUGGACUUAUCCAACAACUUGUUCUCCGGCGAGAUUCCGGUCUCUUUCGCAGAGCUAAAGAACCUGACGCUUCUCAAUCUCUUCCGGAACCAGCUUCACGGCGCCAUUCCCGACUUCAUCGGUGACUUGCCGGAGCUCCAGGUUCUGCAGCUGUGGGAGAACAACUUCACUGGGUCUAUUCCUCAGGGUUUGGGCAGAAAUGGGAAGCUUCAAAUCCUCGACUUGUCUUCGAACAAAUUGACAGGAGCUCUUCCUCCUGAUAUGUGCACAGGAAACAAUCUUCAAACCCUCAUCACUCUCGGCAACUUUCUCUUCGGUCCUAUUCCAGAGUCACUCGGAGACUGCCAGUCACUGAGUCGGAUUCGAAUGGGUGAGAACUUUCUAAAUGGCUCGAUUCCCAAAGGUCUAUUUGGGUUGCCCAAACUCACCCAAGUGGAGCUUCAGGACAAUUUCUUAGGCGGUUCAUUUCCAGAGUCUGAUUCAAUCUCUGGUGAUCUCGGUCAGAUCAGUCUCUCCAACAAUCGGUUAUCCGGGCCCUUGCCGCCGACCAUCGGAAACUUCUCCGGCGUCCAGAAGCUUCUCCUUGACGGGAACAAGUUCUCGGGUCGAAUCCCGCCGGAGAUUGGACGCCUGCAGCAACUUUCAAAGAUUGAUUUUAGCCACAACAUGUUUUCGGGUCCAAUUGCGCCGGAGAUGAGCCAAUGCAAGCUGCUGACGUUUGUUGAUCUCAGUCGGAAUGAUCUCUCCGGUGAGAUCCCGAAAGAGGUUACCAGUAUGAGGAUACUGAAUUACCUCAAUCUCUCGAGGAACCAUCUUGUGGGGAACAUCCCAUCUUCCAUUUCCUCAAUGCAAAGCUUAACCUCAGUGGAUUUUUCGUAUAACAAUCUUUCGGGUUUGGUUCCGGGGACUGGUCAGUUCAGCUACUUCAAUUACACUUCGUUUUUGGGCAACUCUGAUCUUUGUGGUCCCUAUUUGGUUCCUUGCAAAGAUGGGGUUGCGAAUGGCACUCAUCAGCCUCAUGUCAAGAGCUCAUUCACUGCUUCAUUGAAGCUAUUGCUUGUUGUCGGGUUGCUACUUUGCUCCAUCAUAUUUGCAGUUAUUACAAUAAUCAAAGCUCGAUCGUACAAGAGAGAGAGGGAUUCCAGAGCUUGGAAGUUGACUGCAUUCCAGCGCUUGGAUUUCACUGUUGAUGAUGUCUUGGAUUCACUGAAGGAAGACAACAUUAUAGGCAAAGGAGGUGCUGGGAUUGUGUACAAAGGCGCUAUGCCCAGUGGUGACAAUGUGGCUGUGAAAAGACUCCCUGCAAUGAGCAGAGGCUCAUCUCAUGAUCAUGGAUUCAAUGCCGAGAUUCAGACUCUGGGUCGAAUUCGACACCGUCACAUUGUUAGAUUGUUGGGUUUCUGUUCAAACCAUGAGACAAAUCUUCUGGUCUAUGAGUACAUGCCUAAUGGGAGUUUGGGUGAGGUUCUUCAUGGCAAGAAAGGAGGUCACUUGCAUUGGGAUACAAGGUACAAGAUUGCUAUUGAAGCUGCAAAGGGGCUUUGCUAUCUUCACCAUGACUGUUCGCCUCUGAUAGUCCAUAGAGAUGUGAAAUCGAAUAACAUUCUCCUCGACUCCAAUUUUGAGGCUCAUGUUGCUGAUUUUGGCCUUGCCAAGUUCCUUCAGGAUUCCGGCACGUCCGAGUGCAUGUCUGCCAUUGCUGGUUCUUAUGGAUACAUCGCUCCAGAGUAUGCUUACACACUGAAGGUCGAUGAGAAGAGCGACGUCUAUAGUUUCGGUGUAGUUCUCUUAGAACUUGUUAGUGGCAAGAAACCAGUUGGUGAAUUUGGAGAUGGAGUCGAUAUAGUCCAAUGGGUUCGGAAAAUGACGGAUUCAAACAAGGAAGGAGUCCUCAAGAUCCUUGAUUCCAGACUCCCGUCUGUUCCCCUACAUGAGGUUAUGCACGUAUUUUACGUCGCAAUGCUCUGCGUUGAAGAACAAGCAGUGGAACGUCCCACAAUGAGAGAAGUGGUUCAAAUUCUUACAGAGCUUCCAAUUCCACCAGGCUCAAAGCAAGGAGGAGACACAACAACAAUCACAGACUCCCCUCAACAAUCUGCCAUUACUGCAAUGGAAUCACCAACUACCACAAAAGACACGAAAGACCAUCAACAGCCACCGCCGGAUCUUCUAAGCAUUUGAUGAAGUGUUAGUUUGCUGGAGGAUUGAAGUCUCUGUUCUAAGUUCCAUGAAUUGUCUUAGCUUUUACUGUUUUGUGUUCUUUUAUUUGGGAGGGGUAAUAGUUUCGUCUAACUUUCAGGUGUUAAUGGUUUGAACUUUGAAGGUAUUUAUGUACAGUAGGACUUGGGGGGUAUUUUCCAUAAGUUUGUCUUUUUCAUCAUGUAGCUAGCAGUACACUGGUACUGGUGCUGAUUUCUACUUCACACCUUCUGCUCUCUGUUUAUGGCCA